UUUUAGGCCUAGAAUGCAAAAAAACAUGUGUUCAUUUUUGUUUUAAUUUUAACUCAAUAUUCAUCCAAAAAAUCUGUAAUUUUGCGUUGUUUAUAAUUUUAUCAGUCAUAAUGAGAUUUCUCGCUAUUGCCAACAAUUUUUUUUUUGUGGAAAAAAACCUAGCUAUUGUGAAUGAAAAAAAUCGAUGAACUGGCAAUGCCUCUAGUUCAAUAUACAAGCUGUGACAGCUUAUGACAAGUCAACAUAAUUAUGUUGGCUAAGUCUUUCGUAUAAAAUCAGCUAAUAGCUUAAUUUGCUGGUCAAAUAAAACACGUUUAUGGAGAAAAGCAAAAGAAAAGUUUGGACAAAGGCCGAGACGCUCCUAUUCCUAAAAUGCUACAACGAGAGGAAGGAUGAGUUCCUGCAUGCGCGCAAGAAAAAGUUCGCCUAUGAAAACGUCUUGAAGGACAUGAUAUUACAAGGAUUUACGGAUACAACGGUGAAUGUGGCUGCCCUUGUAGCAAAAAUGCGAACGCUUUUCAACGCGUAUAAAACAGCGAAAGAUAAAAAGCAGACUGGAACAAUACCAUACAUGUCGGAAAUGGACGAAAUUUUUGGCGAAAAUCGCUUAGUGUCCAAAAACCACACCAUAAACUUUGGUACAGACACUCAAGAGGCAUUGAUUGAGUCAAGUGAGGAUACAACGGUGAAUGCGGCUGCCCUUGUAGCAAAAAUGCAAACGCUUUUGAACGCGUAUAAAACAGCAAAAGAUAAUGAAAAGCAAACUGGAACAAUACCAUACAUGUCGGAAAUGGACGAAAUUUUUAGCGAAAGUUGCUUAGUGUCCAACAACCACACCAUAAACAUUGGAACAGAUCCUCAAGAGGCAUUGAUUGAGUCGAGUGUAAAUCAGUUCUUAAAAGAGUCCACUGAUUUUGAAGCAAUACUCGACGAUAUGCAAAGUACCUCCAGGCAGAGCCGGUCUGCACUAAAUAGUAGCAUGUGCACACCAAAUGAGGCGUAUCCACAAGAUCUGAACGCAGCAAAUGCUACUCCAUAUCCCGGUUAUCGGAAAAGCGCUAAAGAACGAUAUUUUGAACAAAAAAUGGAACUAAAAAGAAAAAGUGCAGAGGAAAAGGCGAACUUCUACGCGAAUAUACAAAGUAAGAUACAUGAUUUGAUGGAAAAACGAGAUCUCCAGAUGGAAAUCGAACAAAAAAAACUAAAAAUAGAAGAAGAAAAAUUAAAACUUUUACGGCAGUAUAUUAUGAAAAACAGAUAGCAAAAUUAAUUGAUUUCAUAACGAAUAUAUAUAAAAUACGAUAUAAAAAAGCUAAUAGCUUAAUUUGCUGGUCAAAUAAAACACGCCUAUUAUGUAAAAGAAGCUCGGAUCUAGCUUUCGAUAAAUGCAUUUACUCGACAGUUUUCAUUUUACUAAGAAAUGGUUAUGUAUUGUUUUCAAUGACCUAACUAACAGUGGAAUAUACGUAAAUACAUAAUAUAUGUAUGUAUGUACGUAUCCCGACAA